AUGCAAUCAGUUCAUCCAACUCAAUCAAUACAACAAUCAUCCUCAGUUCAAUCAACAUCAACUCAAUCAACGCAACCAAUGCAUUCUCUUCAACUUUCUUCAGCAGCUCAAACACCUACUACUAUACAAUUGCCAUUCCCACCUGAAUUGGAACCAUACCAGACAACUCAUUCUUGGACAAUUCGUGGUUUCCAAGAUUUGACUAAAUUGAUGUAUAAUGAUGCUUUUAUAUAUAGUGAUAGAUUCAAAUCGCCAAGAGGUAUAAAUGAUACAUGUUAUUUAAAUCCACCACAACAAAUUUGGGAUCCAGCAUCACUUUUCAAUGAUAUUAAUGACGAUAGGGAUUCUGAUUAUGUAUGGAGAAUGAAAAUGUAUCCAAAUAAAUAUCAGAAUGAAAUUUCUUUGUUUCUAGAAGCUAUUCAAACACCUUUCGAAAAACAAAACUAUUCUUCAAAAGAGAUUCCACAAUUGGUUUAUGUAUCUGAUAGAUUUAAAUGGAAUUUCGAUUUACAAGGUGUAUGUGUUUCUUAUGGAGCACACUCCAUUGGGACGUUUCAAGAUCUUUUUCAAGAACGUGUUAAUAAUGGUGUUGGUAGUGUUGACAAUUAUGAUGUUGCUAAUAAUAACAUUGAUUUUAUAAGUGAUAAUCCUAAUCCUUGUCCUACAUCAUCAUCUCCAUCGUCCCCUUCUUUAUCUUCGCCUUACACUUCCAAUCCAUCUAAUAUAAGAACAAUUAAAGCUCACAAAAUAUUACUUUCACAACGUUCAGAAUAUUUUGAUAGCAUGUUCAAAAGUGGUUAUAAAGAGUCUACAUUGAAGAGAAUACCAAUUAGAAGCACAUCAUAUGAAGUUUUCUACAUAAUAAUAUCUUAUAUCUACUCAUUAAAACUACCAGAUAAUAAUGACAUCGAUCAUGAUGAUAACAGCAACAAUAUAUUAUUAUCAUACGAAAUAUUAAAAGAAAUUUAUAUUAAUGCUGAUAUGAUGCGAUUAGAGCAUUUAGCAAAAUUGGCUGCCGAACGAUUGUCACAUAUGGUAAAUUGUGAUACAUGGGAUCAACUGUUGAAGAUUACCUGGCGAUUAAAUAUUGCACCAGCUAGUAGAUUACAAUUGAAAAGGGUGAUCUUGGAGUAUGUACAUAAGAAUUGGUCACUUUUAAAGGCCACCGAGAAUAUGAAGAAUUUGAUUGCUACUUCUUCUGUUGAAAAUAUUGAAGAGUUGAUGGAAACUAAAAUGUUUGGUGUUUCUAAUUGA